AUGAGGCUGAUCAUCUUCGCUUGCGUUGUCGCCGUCGCCCUGGCAACACCCCAGAGCCCGGAAUACCUUGCCGAAACGCUGUCGGAUGAGCGCCAGGACAAUGGAGACGGCAAUUUCAGAUACUCUUUCCAAACCAGCAACGACAUCAGCGCCUCUCAGGUCGGCACGCCUGGGAUCCUGGGUCAGAGUAACGUGCAAGGCUCAUUCAGAUUUCCUCUCACCACUGGCGGAUUCGCAGAAGUGUCUUACAUAGCCGACGAGAACGGCUACCAACCCACUUCUGACCUACUGCCCACGCCGCCUCCCUUUCCAGCCCACGUUUUCGAGCUGCUACGAAUAGCCGACGAACAGCGUGCGCAAGGAAUUACCUUCAACUAGAUUUCUGGAAGAAUUAUUUAUAUUCGCCCUUUUAUUUGAAAAAAAAAAGAAACUUUUGGGAACUGGACGUGUAGUGUAAUAGUGUUAUGGCAAGGCGAUCUAAAUUUGCUUUCUAGCGGUAUCUGGUGUAUCUUAUAUGUGUAACACCAUAGUUUUUCUUCACAAUGGCACGGCUAUAUGCAUACUACUACCAUCAGACUUUCAACCACGGAAGGAGUCACAUUCGACGGGAUAAAAUGAAAAGGAGGGGAGGUUAGCAUUAAACAUGGGAGGGCGAGGACGUUCGGGUCGUUAAACAACUUGAGUCAUUAAAUUUGACUUAAAUGCGACUUUGCAAUUUUCUCCAGUUUGGAACUCACCCUUAGCGUCUUUUUAAAUAUUCUGUUCGUGGGCUAUGUGCAUGUGUUUGGAAGGGGGAGGGUGAACAUCGAUUCUUACACUGUAAAAUCAGAGGAUGUAAUCAGAAACGACCAACUAAGAAGUAGGGGCAUUUUGAGAAUAAUUGUAUAAUACUGGGUAUCAUUUCUGUGGUUCGCACAUUUCCUCUUUGUACAUUCAA